UGCUUCAUGUUGACUACAUGUUGUUAUUCUGUAUAUUUUAUAUAAUUCAGGUGUUUCUAUUAGCAUUCUGUGACCGGUGGACAGAGUAGGACAGUUUCUUUGUGAUAACGAUUAAUAAAGAUCUUAAUCUCCAAACCCAGACAGAACCCACCAGCAGAGAUGAAUCUGAGGAGAUAAGAAACAUGUCUGUGAUGAAAUACAUCAACAUGCUCAGGUGUCUCCUCAAAACUAAAACCAAGAGGUAAAUUAUUAAAGGUAUCAGAACCAACGAGGAUCAUAAAAAUGAGCAGUUACUGUGUAGACAUUAAUAUGUUGCCAUAGCAACUAAAAGAUGUUUAUCAUGUUUCCUACUUUUAAAAAAGCAAAAACAUGAUUAUUAAUCAUCAGAAGUUGUUUACAUCAGAAACUUCCAGAAAAAAACCCACAAACAUCAGAUUAAAGCUUUCAUCAUCAGAGGAGGCGGAGUCAGAGAGACAGAGCGGGCGAGCGAGCUGCAGUCGGACUGGGCAGCUCUCUAACAGCUGAUUCUCUUCUCCUGGUUUUCCUGUUGUCUCCGGCUCCUCUGAGGAUCAGCACCAUGACGGAGGCUCCGAUCAACCUCAGCAGUCCCGACGUGGAGCUGAAGAGUCUGCAGCUGGACGACCACACAGGAACGGAGUCUGCAGACGGCGGCGGCGGACAUGUGGACGACCUGCCGGUUCCUCAGCAGAUCCAGAUCACCAACAUCACCUGCGACUCCUUCAAGAUCAGCUGGGACAUGGUCAGCAGAGGCCAGGACCGCAUCACGCACUACUUCAUCGACCUCAACAAGAGAGAGGACAGAAGCUCCAAUAAGUUCAAACACAUGGAUGUCCCCACCAAGCUGGUGGCGAAGGCGGUCCCGCUGCCGAUGACGGUCAGAGGUCACUGGUUCCUGAGUCCGCGUACAGAGUACACCAUCGCUGUUCAGACCGCCACCAAAAAGCCGGACGGAGACUACACCGUUUCUCCGUGGAGCGAGAUUAUCGAGUUCUGCACUGCAGAUUACUCGAGCGUCCAUCUGGAGCAGCUGCUGCUCAAAGCCGAAGCCAUCGCUGGCAGAAUGCUGCCGUUCACCGUCUUCUUCAGAAACCAGCAGAAGGACUACUUCCAGACGGACAGCCCUGCUUUCCGCUCCAGAGACGCUCAGUGCUGCCGCAUGCUGCCGUGCGUGAAGGACAACAGCGGCAGCCACGGGUCGCCCAUCAGCGGGAAGCUGGAGGGGAUCUUCUUCAGCUGCAACACCGAGUUCAACACAGGAAAACCUCCACAGGACUCCCCGUACGGACCCUACCGCUUCCAGAUCCAAGCUGAUGUUCUCUUCAACCAGAACACCAACAUCUACUUCGGGGAUUUUUACUGCAUGUACACAUCAUACCACUAUGUUAUCCUGGUUCUGGCUCCAAAUGGCUCCAAAGGAGACGUGUUCUGUAAGGGCAGGCUGCCGGUUCUGGACAGGUCCAACAACCGCUUCCUGACCUGUACCGAGGGGGAGGACAGCUCGUUGGUGUUCCAUCAUGCUCAGGAUGUCAUCUUGGAGGUGAUCUACACGGAGCCGUUGGAUCUGUCUUUGGGGACGGUGGCCCAGAUAAGCGGACACCAGCUCAGGAGCCUGUCCACCCUUAAUGCCAAAAAAGACCCCAGCUGCAAGAUCUGCAACAUCAGUGUGGGACGUUAGCGGCAUCUUCAGACACAACAGGCAUUGUUGCUAGAAGCUAAGCUACUAACCCAGUCUACGGAACGGCUGGCGUUCUUGUAUGGCUGUAGCAUCGGCCUAUCACGGCACGCAAUGACACAUCAGCGUGACAACAGCCUCCAGUGGUCAUACAGAUGAUGACAGAAGGAAAGCAGGAAGUUGGUGG